UUUUGUGGUUCCUGAGGAUGUCGGACUCCAGUGUAAGGAUUGUGCAGCAGGCAUUGACAGGUACUCGUUCUGGUGCGUGCAGUGCGCGUGCGGCGCGCUGUGCGGCGCAUGCGCAGCGAGCGCCACGCACGACCGGCACUAUGUGUUACGCGCGCCAGGGGGCGCCACGCAGAAUCAAACGCAGGCAGUACUGGCAGUUAUACGACAACAACUGCUGAUGGAAAACUUGCUAACGCUCUACGACACUGAUGAAGAUCGUGUGAAAGUAAAAGAGGAACCGGUGGAGCCCGCCGCGACGACCGACCCAGUCUCUGUGAGGCCACACACCGACCCGCUCAACGUCAGGCCCCACACCGACCUGCUCAACGCCGGGCCCCACACCGCCCUGCUCAACGUGGGGCCUCACACCGACCCGCUCAACGUCGGGCCCCACCUCGAUCCGCUCAACGUCGGGCCCCACACCGACCCGCUCAGCGUCGGGCCCCACUAUAACCCGCUCACCGCGGAGCCCUACGAGGCCACAGUAAACGAGUGUGCCGGCGAAGGAACAGUCGACCAUCCUUACAAGCGUCCUCGACUCAUGGACUACCGAACAGGCGUCAAACCAAAUUCCAGUACAAUAGAUGGCGAUGUUCCACAGCAAUUCUUAAAUGUCUCACCUAAUAUACGAAGAACAGUCCAACCACAAGAUUUUCUAAUGGCUACUACUAGCAAUCUCAGAGAAUCACAUGCCGAUCUACUGGUUAAUAACGAUCUCAAAAGAACACAGACUCUCAUACAGAUUGAUCCUACCAAUGUAAAAGAAUUUCAAACUAAAGUAACGGUUGAUCCUAGUGAUUCAGAACAAUUGCAAACUGUAUUACUGAUUGAUCCUAGCGAUUUUAGAGUAAAAACUGUCCAACAGGUCACUAGCGAUGUGAGAGAAUCACUAGAUGUCAUACAGGUCAUUCCUAGCAUACUUAGAGUAUCACAAGGUGUAUUACAGAUUCCUAGCCAUCUGAAAAGAUCUGGAUCUCCUAAAUGUGACUUCCAACGGUCCCAUUCCAGCGUGUAUGAAAAUUCGAUCAGAGACUACAUAGAAAGUGAAGUAGACGACAGUGAUUUAGAUGAAGAUUAUAGAGUAGAAAAGGACUUGAUAGAUGAAGAUUCUAUAGAUGAGACAGAUGAAGAAGAUAUUGCUGGAGGCGUUGGCAGGAGAACGAGAAAAGCAACAAAUAUGAUUAGAGGACCAAGUGAAGUGAUGCUUCGAACGCUGACUUCAGAAGCCGCGGUGCAGUUGCAGCCCCUUACCUCAUCAGAUAUAAGGAAAUGGAUCCACAGGAAGACACGGAGAAAAGACUGAAAUAUUAAACUAGGAAUUUUAACUGGUGUUUAAUUUUUUACUAACUUCAAAAAAGGAGGAGCUUAAUCAUUUCGAUCGGUUUUUAAAUGUUUGUUAUCAUAGAGUAUAUUGAAUUUUGUUACUUCAGAACUCCGUCGUUUCUGAAUUGAAUUUGAAA